GUAUUAACAUGCACACGCAAAAACACAACAUAAGUCACGGAAAAGCAAAUGAUGCCAAAAUAAGGAAUCCACAAACAGUUUUGGUGGAGUUCAGCGUGGUCGGUGUACUGGGCCCGUGCAGGAGGAUGUGCGCAGAUUUACAAACAGUAGGAACAACAAUGGAAAAGUUGUGUUUGUGAGGAGGUUGGCUGGGGAGGUUUUUGGCCAAACCCCCCCCCCCAGUUUCGCCUUUCUUUCUUGCACGGAUGCGGUUUCGGCAUUCGAUCAAAUAUGUAAGUUUUUGAUCAAGAGGUCUGCCCUCACCUUUUUUCCCCCACUGCCUAGUCGUUUUUAUACACCAAGGAGCAGCUUGGUGUUUUACAAACAGCUUAAAUGAAAAAGUGGUUGUUGUUUGGGGUUGGUUGAACUGUAAGAAGAGGGGAGAGAAGAAGAAUGGAGCAACAACUAGGAAAGGAGCUUUGAAGUGUAACAAAGAAAGACAUGAACAAUGGCUGAAAGAAAAAAGAAGAAUGCGGCCGGGUAUCGCAGCGUCUCUUUCAAAAAGUUGGGCUGCAGUAGGAGUGAGCAGCAGCAACAGAAACCAGAGGGUUCGGAGUCUGUCGGCGUCGCCCUCCCCCCGGAGCCCAGCCGAGCAGAACAGUCCUGGGCGACGCGUAAUGUCAGUGUGUCAAGAAAAGUUUCCAAAAUCUCCGCCACCGCAACCGCAGAGCCAAAGAGAGGCUCCUCCGCUCUUCCCUCCUCUAUUUCUCCAUCCAUCCGCCAGCUCACGGAGAAGUUCAACAGCAGCAGCAAGAGGAGCGGCGGACCCACCAGGACGCAACAAGCCUCGCCGGGAGCCGGUGCAGCGGGGAGCAGCACUCUAACCCGGACCCGAGUCGACAGGAUAGACGGAUCUCCAACUCGUAAAUCUUUCCACGAAGACAGCGGUGAGGGGAGUUUCUUGGAGAGCGAUCCAACCACUGCAGAAUCUCUCUCGGACAGUAAAUCGCUGAAGUUUCACUCUGGCACCGAUUCUGUAUCGGGUUCAGAUUCGGAGAAGUGGAUUUUUAGGCGUUUCUCAGCUGAGAGCAACAAGUCUGGUAAGAGAGAUUAUUCUCAGAUCUCUGCCGCCGAUCUUAGAAAGAGUUUGACUACAGAUGAGGAAGAGGAUGUUGGUAGUAAAGAGGCUUCACUACCUUGCAAACCCCACAGAAGCUAUCGCCACAUCCCCACGCAUUCUGAAAGGUGGCCCAGUGUCACCAAAAUCAGACAACUUUUCGAUGAGAAAGCUUCGCAACCACUCAAAACUGACACAUGUGAGAGCUUAAAGGCAGCUGGCAGAGGCUAUUUACAUGACCCCAGCUGCAUUGAAAGUGACAAUCAGUCAGUAUGCAUUUCUGUUUUUGAUAAAUUCGUAUCUGGAGAAGAAAACAGGGAAACUAGCUCUGCUAAAGACACUUCUUGUUAUUGUGUGGACAUUUAUUUCAAAACUGAACAUCCUUAUCCGUCAAAUGACGAAGAAGGAGAUAUAGAAAAUUCUGAAUUAUCUUCCAGAAGUCAUUUUCACACUGAGUGUAAUUAUCACAGGAGUAAUUCAUCUACAUGCAGAUCUCAUAGUACCAGUGCUGAGGCAGAAGCUACCUGUAAGUUCCCCAGAAAAACUGGAUCAACACCUGACUCUAAACCCGACCUUCAACCCUGUGCUGCUCCGUCUUCGAGGCGAUCAGUGGGCUUAGACACCUCCUCCUGCUGCUCCUCUCUACAGCAGCCGACAGAGAGGGAGAGAAGGGAUAUACAGGGGGUCGGGGUGCCCAGGGAUAGUUUACAUUCCUCACAUAGCUCUUCUAGAGCACCAGCCCCCACCACCUCCUCCAUCUCCUCUGCUCCAGCUCCAGAUAAAGCCAUUACCUCCUAUUCCUCUACUAUAGCUCCCCCCUCUGAGCCAGGAGCCCCUACAAAAGUUAGUUCUCCUCUCAGCUUCCAUUGGAAGUUAAGCUCUGGAGACGAAGAAGAGGUGCACAGCAGGAGAAAGAGAGGAGGGGCUUGGGGUUAUCCCUCAUGUCCUGCUUCCUCUGUCACUUGUAGGGGAGGGGAAAGGAGUACCACUGAGAGAGGGGGCAGCUAUUUAUCCCGCAAUAAAAAUGGUCGUUGGGGUGCAAAGGUCAUUGGCAGGUCCUCAGGCAGCGAGGAGGACAGCCCUGCUUCUAUAGGCACCCACUGUAGAGAAGCAGUGCGCCGUCGCUCUCUAAGAAAAAAGAAGAAGAUCAGCGGGGCUGCUCUAGCAGCAGGCCGUGAUGAUUACAAUGAUCAGUAUGGUGAAUCAGAAGACAGUGACAGUGAUCCAGCCCUGACCAUGGAUCACACAGAGAGGCAGCAGCAAAACACUGGAGAAGUUACAGGGAUGAUACAUCGGAGCCACUCAGCACGAGACCCUGGUGGUUGUAGCAAUAAAGCCAGGGUGCAGCACUGGGAACGCCUUUCCUCGCCUACUAUGUCCACCACACUUCCUGCUGUAUCACGAGUGUCAAAGGUGAAGAUACCCCCUUUUGUUUCUAGUCCUGGUGAUUCAUGCUGCAGUAGCAGAUACUCCAGUACUGAGACUCUAAAAGAAGAGGACCAGGGGAAUGAUGGCAGCUGUGGAGAUAACAUGCUCUUUAACACCAGUGGAUCAGAAGGCAAAACAAGUAGAACUGCUUCGUCGUCUGUGUUGAGUAAAACUUACCAUGGGAAUUUCACCAUGUACCGGUCCCCUAGCUUUGGACAUGGAGACAACUUCUCCCGGGCACCUGUCCGAGUGCGUCCCAAAAUCUUGCCGACAGUAACCUUUAUACCAAGUGUAACACCCAGAGAAAGUGGAGGAUCUUCAGGAGUAAGAGGUCUUGACACUGUUGUACUAAGGAAAACAACAGGGAGAGAGGUUGCAAAUAAGGCUAACAAAAUUUCUAUGUCCAACCCUGAUAUUGCAUCAGAAACUAUGACUCUCUUAAACUCACUGAAAAAUGAUGUGCCAAAACUCAAAGUGCGAAGACCAAGUGGAGGGGACCGAAACAGGGCUGGGGAAUGUUCAUCGGAGUACUGCAGGGACUUGGGCCUUCUAAGUGGGACCAUCUUACCUUCCGGUCACCGCCCUUCUCUGAAAGACCUCACAGCCACUCUAAGGCGAACGAAAUCAUUCACCUAUUCGGACAAACUUACAACAGGUGCAAGAUCUUAUUUGUCAGGUGGUACAACAAAGAGGAGUUCCUCUGAGCAGCAGCUUGACUUGGAUGAAGAGAAGACUGAGGGUAGGGUGGUGGUGUCAGACAGAGAAGUAGAAAGUGAUGGUGGAGAUUUUCGAUUUGGGCAAAAUCUUAGGACUUAUGGACUAAAGGAUGAGGAUGAUGAUGGAGAAGUGAUGCCAACUCCACUAGAGGAGAGAUGUGUGCAGGAAGCCAGGCAGGUCAUCCAAGAUAUCUGCCAAAUGUGCAGUAGGGAUGAUGAUGAUGAUGAUGAUUUAGCUUUAAUGUCAUCUGAUAGUAUUUUGGGGAAUGAAGGUUUACAGGUCAAGCAAACAGAUGAAGGGAAAGAAGAGACAGGAGGUGUUAAAGAUCAGAUGAGCACAGCUCAAGAGUCUGAGAACACAAAAGACAAAGAUAAACAUGAGCAGGAGAGAGAGAGCAAGGAGAGAGAGAGAAGUGAACAAAGUAUGCAGCUGGAGAAACUAAACAGUAGGGGUACAGACUGCUGGAAGAAGUCCAAUAGACAGACCAGAGAGAUUGAAAAAGCAUUACUGAAGGGCGACUCGGAGGAAAGUAUGCUCUAUAACCGCUCCAUGGAUGAGCUUUCAGGCCAUGACUCCAGCUUAACGGAUGAGGGGAUUGUGACAGAGCCUGAAUCGGGUCCCACUGACCUCUCAGAGAGAUCUUUCCUGGGAUCAGCUGGGGUUAAUUUAGGGUCAAGAGUAGCAAAAGAUGUUCUAGGGCAGCCACUGACUGGAUGGAAGCAGUCGGCUCUUCAUGAGAUGAAAAGCUUCAAACAGGAGGAAAAAACAAUGCCAGAGAGCAGCUUGAACUGUACAAUCCAUCUAAAUGAAACUCGUUUUCCGCAGUCUUUGACCUAUCCAGUAUGUACGGCUCAGACUGACAACCAUAUUGUGGAUAUGGGUGCUACUACUUUUAUGAACAAACUUAACUCUGAGGGAAUCAACACCAGCAGUGCAGUGUCAACAGAGUUAACAUCAGCUGCAGCAUCAGGAGAAGGAGGAUUUGAAUCUCCUGCAACCCCAAGUGCAGUCCGCCGAAGGCGCAAAUUCUCUCCGUCUGGUAACAACAACACAGGGUCCGAUUCCAGUAAUGGAAAUCAUGCAGAUUCAACAACAGCAGCUGUAGGAAAUGGUGAGUCCACUGUCUAUCGCUCUCUUAGUGACCCCAUGCCUCAGCGGUGUUGUUCUCUAGCGGAAAAAGGAAGCAACAAUUUUUCUUCAGUCGACAGCAACCUUUUGGGUUCCCUGUCUGUCAAGGGGGGUGCUUCUCCUGAAGCCUCUGUUGCAUCUACUCUGUCAGAAUACAUAGGCAGCGUGGCAAGUGAUUUGUCUGUUUACAGUGAUGGCGGUUCACGUGAUGACUGUAUUCAGGAUUACAGCAGGGUCAUCAGGAACAUUGUAGCUGAACCAGGUGCAAUGGACAGGUUGAUCACAGAUGAUCAUGGCAAUGGCAAGGCCCCCAAGAAGAAGUCUUUUAGUGACCCCAGUCGCCGUAGUGAGGCCCCUCCAGUGUCCCAAACUGACCCUCAAACUGGCAGCACACAUCAGGUCAGUGAGUUGGAUCAAUCUGGACAGAUUCCACCUUCUAGCAGUGAACCAAUCCUAAGUGAGCAGAGAGAGGAACUUUGGGAUUCAGAGGUUAACUGCACACAACCGCUUCAGGCCAAGAUUGCUGCCUCCCAGUCAGAAUGCAGUGCUGUUUCUGAUAACCCUGAUGACGACGAUGAUUCAAUAGACCAUGAUCAAAAGGAGAAGUUUAACUUAGAUCUCAAGCUUGCUGAGGUUCUGUCUCCUAGAACAACACGUCGGCUGGCUAAAAAACGUCCCAGCAAGUUACAAUCUUUUCCUGACAAUGUCCAAUUUCAUCCCAUUGAAAUGGGUUCAGAUGACCAGGAGGAGCACAGCAACCAAAGUAAGCUAAUAUCGUCUCUUCCUGCAUCACCACUGAAAUCCAAAUCCAAAACUAAACCCAAGCACAUUCGCAACACCAGUGAACCCGCCUUCAUUCCCAUCUCCCUACCUGCACAGCUCCAACCCCUGAAAGAAGUGAACUUCCAAGCAGUGCCUCCAGAAGAUGAGGUCCCAUCUUUGGAGGAUGUUUCACAGAAAUACAAUCUUGAGGACAUUGAGGCCAGACCUGCUUUUGUAGCAAGUAAUGGAUCUCAAGGAUUAAUUCCUAGUGCAGAAGGCUCAGGUGUGACCAGUAACAUUGGACUUACAGACGCUGGACCUCAGAAGAUUGGCACAGAGGACACGUUAUCUGCUUCUGCUCCACAGAAGACCAAACCCAAAGUGGACAUGAGAAAGCAUGUAAUGAUGACCCUCCUGGAUACAGAGCAGUCAUAUGUUGAGUCUCUACGCACUCUUAUUCAGGGCUACAUGCGUCCUCUGAAACAACCAGACGGCAGCUCCAUUGUGGACCCCCUGCUGGUGGACGAGAUGUUUUAUCAGAUCCCAGAGAUCCUGGAGCAUCACGAACAGUUCUUGGAGCAGGUUGCAGGCUGUGUUAGCCAAUGGCACGACAGGCAGACGGUUGGACACCUCCUCAUCCAUUCAUUCUCCAAAGAUGCUCUCGCUGAUAUGUACUCAGCAUACAUUGACAAUUUUCUCAAUGCUAAAGAUGCAGUUAGGAUUGCAAAGGAGGCCAAACCAGCAUUUCACAAGUUUCUAGAGCAAAACAUGCGUGAGAACAAGGAGAAGCAGGCUCUGGGCGACCUGAUGAUCAAGCCGGUGCAGAGGAUUCCUCGAUACGAGCUGCUGGUUAAGGACUUGUUGAAACACACGCCGGAGGAUCAUCCAGAUCAUCAGUUUCUGCUGGACGCGCAGAAGAACAUCAAACGACUGGCGGAGAAAAUCAACAAGGGCCGUCGCUCCGCUGAGGAGGCGGAGAGGGAGGCCAGGGUUAUCCAGGAGAUCGAGGCUCACAUAGAGGGAGUUGAACAUAUUCUAAAUCCACAGAGGAAAUUCUUGAGGCAGGAAAUCGUCAUGGAGGCGAAGACUGUAGGGGGUAAGAAAGACCGAUCCCUCUUCCUCUUCAGCGAUCUGAUCAUCUGCACUACUCUCAAGAGGAAGUCUGGCUCAUUGAGGCGCAGCUCCAUGAGCCUAUACUCUGCUGCCAGUGUGAUAGAUACCUCCAGCAAAUACAAGUUUUUGUGGAAGCUUCCUUUAGAGGACGUGGAGGUGGUGAAAAGUUCUUCUCAGGCAACCAACAAAGAGAGCAUCCAGAAGAUGAUUUCCCGUUUAGAUGAGGAUCUCAGCACUUUGGGUCAGAUCAGCAAACUAUCAGAGACCCUUAGCUUCCCACAUCAGUCUCUAGAUGAGGUGAUAAAAGAUCUGAUGGCAUCAGUUCACAAAGAGCUCUCAGAGAAACAGUCUUUGGCCUUCAGCAUGACUUUCUUGCCCACAAAACUGGAGUUCACAACAGCCUCCGCUGAGAGCACCUUCGUCUUUGAGUUCAGCUCGCCCGACGCUCGAUCCAGCUUUGAACAGGCCUUUGAGGAUGCCAAGAAGAAGUUGGCCAUGAACAAGGACCAGUGGGACCCAGAAUUCCUGAAGGCAAUCCCUAUUAUGAAGACCCGCAGUGGGAUGCAGUUUUCAUGUGCCUCGCCCAGCCACAGCUGUCCUGACAGUGGCUGUGAGGUUUGGGUGUGUAACAGUGAUGGAUAUGUAGGCCAGGUUUGCUUGUUGAACAUCAAAGAUGAGCCCACGGUGGAGGCCUGCAUCGCCGUCUGCUCGGCCAGGAUCAUUUGUAUUGCUGCGGUUCCAGGACUCAAAGGAAGGGAUCGCGUGUCAGAACCUGCUCCGACCUCCGGGCCUCCCACUCAUCCACAGCAGCAGCUCGACAUCUCCAUCUCACCUACGACCUUGGAGCUAACAGAGCAGCCUACAGGACCAGGGGCGGAGCUUGUGCCCUUUGACAGCGAUGACUCAGAUGAUGAAGAUUCACCUAGUCCUUCUUCAACUUUGCAGAGUCAGGCCAGUCACUCCACCAUAUCGUCAAGCUAUGGCAACGACGAGGGUCUGAGCGCCAAAGACAUGGCCACAGAGACCACCAGCAGCGAGGAGGAGCAGGAGUUUCCUGUCCCGAGCUCCUAUGGUGCUCCUGGGAUGCUAGGAGUAGGCGGAGGGAGUCGCGCCCACACAGAGAGUCCUAUGGAUGGCCGGGCCAUGCGCCGGUCCUCCAGGGGGUCAUUCACCCGAGCGAGUCUGGAGGAUCUGCUGAGUAUUGACCCGGAGGCGUAUCAGAGCUCUGUGUGGCUGGGCACAGAAGAUGGAUGCAUACACGUUUACCAGUCCUCAGACAACAUUCGAAACCGUAAAAACAGCAUGAAGAUGCAGCACUCGGCCUCCAUCCUCUGUAUAUUGUACUUUGACAACAAAGUGUUUGUAUCAUUAGCAAAUGGAGAGGUUAUCGUCUAUCAGAGAGAAGCAGGUAGUUUCUGGGAUCCUCAGUCUUCCCAGAUGUUAGUUCUUGGCACGCCUAGUAGUCCAGUUACCAAAAUGGUUCCUGUUGGCAGGAAACUGUGGUGUGGCUCACAAAACAGAGUCCUUAUCAUCAACACUACUACACUGGUACAGGAGCACUGGUUCCAGGUCGGCACUGACAGCAAUCGCUGUGUUACAUGCAUGGUGGCUUAUGGUCAGGGUGUGUGGCUGGCGCUGCAGGGCAGUGCACAGGUCAGGCUGUAUCAUGCAGAGACCUGGGAGAGCCUGACGGAGGUGGAUGUGGCACCGGCUGUGCACAAAAUGCUUGCAGGUGCAGAUGCAAUCAUUAGACAGCACAAAGCUGCCUGCCUCAGGAUCACAGCCUUGUUGGCCUGCAAGGAUCUGCUGUGGAUCGGCACCAGUGCAGGAGUGGUCCUUACACUGGUGAUCCCAACAGUGAGCACAGGAACUGGUGCCGGGGCUCUUAAGUCACCUCUGGUUCCAAUCGGAUCGGCUCAUGGGCACACAGGGCAUGUUCGGUUUCUGACUUCAAUUGAGCUACCAGAAGGAUUUGACAUGAACUUCCCUCCAACAACAACAGACUCCACAGGCAAUCAGCCUCCGAGCAGCAGCGUAGACGAUGAGAGCCUACAGAGGCGAGACUCCGCACACCGCAGAACCUCCACACACAUCCCAGUGAAGACCAAUCAUCUUGUCAUUUCUGGCGGAGAUGGCUAUGAGGACUUUAGGCUGACCAACAGCAGCGAAACCAUUGGUCGAGAUGACAGCACCAAUCACCUAUUGCUCUGGAGAGUCUGAGACAAUCAAACACCCAGUCUGACCAAUCUCCCUCCAGCACAUUCAGGCGUUGAUUUUUUGCUCAGUCCAUCCAGUGCUAUGACACGAUUCCGAGCUCCCUCCUGGAUUUAUGAAUGAAUACUACUACAUCAAACACUCAGCUUUUGUUGUGUUCCUGGUGAUGUGUGCAUUUUUGCUUAUUUUUUUUUAACGAGAUAAGAAAAUUGAAGAGCCAAAAAUAAACUUGCACAGAUGGACUUAUUUUCAAACUGAGGACAAAUAAAGAACUUCCACAGGCGGAUCUGGAUUCUUCAGGGUGUCAGUGCACAAAAUAGGAGGAUUGAGUCAUGUGAUGUAAUUAAUGAGGAAUUGCAUUUUCUUUGAAAUUUUGUCUUUUUGAACUUGAAAUACUUCAGUCCAUCGUUUCAUCCACAGAUGAAGAUCAGCUGUAACAAUGUAAAUUAAAUGUAACAUAGCUCAGAAUGGUAGUUUGAAAUUCUUAUUUUAUUUUAGUCAUAUUUUUUCAGCUGAAAUGUAAUGCUAGCCUUAAUAUCAGAUGUAUUGUCAGAUUUUUCUGAUUCCAGUCAGGUGGUGAUUAUCCUUUUUCACAAUGGCCAGUCAUAGUUGUGGAACUGCCAGUGUCAUCUUUCUCCAGUAGAGGGAGCAUUACGGUGAAACAUUGCACACAUAUAAUGGACAGCCUUAUAAAACAAUAAAAAAAGAACAUGAUUUUUGCAGAAAAUCACAUUUUGUUGGCUCAGUCAGUUUUACUUUUGCUGUCAGUUUAAGCUUAAAUUGUGUCUCACUGGGAACUGAAAUAUAAGUGCGUUCCUCUUUAACACAGUCAUGCCAAAGCCUUGUAUACGUUAAAGAUCUUUUUUUGCCAUGAAAAGUCAGUUGAAGUUCUGUCAUGUCUGGACAGAGCCUCUUCAUUGAUGACGCUAAGCUGCGGAUGCAGAAAUAGUUGUGUACAGUAUUUAUGCUUUUAAUUUUAGCGCCUUCUUUAACAGCACUUAAUUUAUAGAAGAUGUAGCCUUCACUUUUUCUGUUGGAAAUGAUGAAUACAGAGGCUCUGACUUGAUUGUUAAAGUGAAUUAAAACAAGUAGUUUAGCUCCAUUCCCUCAUGGUCACAACAGUUCAUAGUGCAGGGUUUGGACUAGACCAAAAAUGAUGCUUUUCGCUGUAGGAUAAAUGUCCCACAAGGUUUCGCCUUGUAUAAUAUCAGAAAGCAGCUUUUGGACUGCUUGAGCACAGUCACCCUGAUGCCUGUAUGUGUGCCAAAUAUGCUUCAUAGUUCAGAUCCAUUUCUUGCACAGGGGUUUUUCUAUCUUACAAAAACCCCAUAUCCUUUCACACCUGGUAUUUACAAACAAGAUAGUAUGUCAGUAGGACAAAUGCUUAGUGCCUACGCAUUUCUUCAGGAGGCUUAAAGGUUAAGGCCAUUACACACAAGUAAAUGUCACCUGUCCUUGACUUCUUGUCCUUGCACACGCUCUCAUAGGUGUUAGCCUCGGGCUUUGGGGGUUAAGUGGUGAUUGUCUUUGAUCCCUCAAAGCCUUGAAAACCUCAUUGCACUUUAUCAACCAUCUGGGCUCUUCACCUCAAGAAUCUCACUUCCAAAUACAUCCACAUUAAGCUCUUUCUCCCUGUGAAAUAACUAAGAGAAUCAGUUUAGCUGCUAACUAGCUUAUGAGCAUCUGUUAGCGUAGAUGUGGAUUAAUUUCCUCAAGUGCAUUUAUUUAGGUAAAAUGAAUAAAAGGAGAUGCCUUUUUUUCUGUUUUCUGCCCACUUUGUUGGUUUAUGAAUUGGGCUAAGCUAUGCUUACUACCCACAUAGUUGUCUUCAAUUUUACCGCUAACCUUUUUUUUCCCACCCCGAGCACAGACGAUUACUUUCAAGAAGAAUCCAUAAAGCAUUCCUAAUUGUUGAUGUAAGGUAAAUGUUUUUUUAAACUGCAUGAUCAAUCAAAACGUUGACUUUUGUGUUUUCUGUAUGUAAAAUAUAUACAUUUAUGCUGGCUAUAGGAGGUACACAUACUGAUCUUUUCAAUGAACUCCACAAACAGGGUGGAGCUUGGUAGCAGAAAAGCACUCCAAGGUGGUAGCCUAUUGUGUUUUCAUGUCCUCUGACCAGAACUGUAGUUUUGGCUGUUUUUUUGCAUUGUGGUAGUAAUAAAUAAUUUCAGUUGAAUGUUUUUAAUAGGUUCAAAUGAAAAGAAUUCAUCAGAAGUAACACCUAUUAAUAAUUACAGAAGAAGUAGAUGGAAAUGAGUGAAACGGAUCUGCUAAGACUCCUUAUGAAACUUUAGAUCCUAAAUAUGAAGGUAUGAAUAUCAUUCUGCAUAUUACUUUAUACAUGACUAGGAGAAGGAGGCAAAUGGUAAUAAUCGGUAUCAUCCCAACUUUUCCAUAAAUCUCACUGACAUGUACGUGACUACAUGUGAACUAAGUUGUAUUGAUGUAAAUAUUGGUAUAUAUACUGCUUCAUUUCUGUAAAUAGUGCACUCACGGUCCUCAAUUGUUGAUAUAAGUCGUAUGGCAUAUUUUUAUAUGUUUCUGUGAAGUUUGUCUCUAUGUAUUCCCCCCUUUAGUCCUUUGCAUGCGCCUUCAGUCAUAAAAAAAGUUUGAACUGUCAGAAAAAAAAAAAUUGCCCCAGACUAAAGAGGUGUAAUAAACAGAUUUCUGUUUUAGUGAUGGAGUUGCAUUUAUGGCAGCUUCAAAAUGUUUGCUUUGUUGCUUAUUUCUGCAGGGGGGGAAAAAACUUACUCUUAGUUUUUGCUCUGCUGACCUUCUGUUUUCCUCUGCCCCUGGCUGACAUAUUGUCAUGGCUGCAGUCUCUCAGAGUUUCUUCCUGUAUGUAGCUGCUCUAGUUUUGUCACUUUGGGUUCCUCUGUAAAAUAAAUAAUUUCACUGGG